CUGCGUUCCAUUCUUGUUUAUAGGUUGGAACAGUGUCGCUAUUGUUUCCCGGCGGCCAGCAGGCAGUAUCAAGAGUUUACUGUAGUUAAGGUGGCGAAGAAGACUUGCAGCCCUCGCCACCUACCUGUUGAAUAUUUCAACUUUCAUUCGCUAACCAGGGCUGAGUCACUGUGGAGAACAAAGUCAAAUCGUGAGCGAGAAGGAGCGUCCGAGGCGGAAGGAAGCGUCCCAACAGGUAGCCACUCCGAUGCUUUAGCGGGACGACGUCGGGAAUAACACUUGUGUGCCUCUCACGGAUUCGGUCAAAAUGCCUUUGGGACCAUGGAGGAAGAAAAACAAGUAUACGAAAGAACAAUUAGUCGAGAACGAGGAGGUCGGAGGACACGCAGGUGGAAGUAACCCUGCUAAAUCCACCGUCAACGGCGCGGGACUCCCGCCUCCACCUGCCAACCUGCGGCCGAAGCUCGUGUUCCACACGCAGCUGGCGCACGGGAGCCCGACCGGCCGGAUUGAAGGAUUUAGCAAUGUCAAGGAACUGUACGGGAAGAUAGCAGAUGUCUUUAACAUGGCACCGCCAGAGAUCCUCUUCUGUACCCUGAACACCCACAAGAUCGACAUGGAGAAGCUGCUGGGAGGGCAGAUCGGCCUGGAGGACUUCAUCUUUGCCCACGUCAGGGGCAUCAAGAAGGAGGUGGAAGUGUUCAAAUCGGAGGACGCGCUGGGUCUCACCAUCACCGACAACGGGGCUGGGUUCGCCUUCAUCAAGCGCAUCAAGGACAACAGCGUGGUGGACAACGUGAAGGUGAUCUGCGUGGGCGACCAUAUCGAGUGCAUCAACGGCCACAACAUCGUGGGCACGCGCCACUACGAGGUGGCUCGCAUGCUGAAGGAGCUGCCCCGCGACCAGACCUUCACCCUCAAGCUGGUGGAGCCCAUGAAGGCCUUCGAGAUGCUGGAGCCAAGGUCAAAGGGUGCCAAACCAGCCAGUGAGAACAAGAUGGGCACGGGCAGAGGGACGCUGAGGCUGCGCGCCAAGGGCCCGGCCACAGUCGAGGACCUGCCCACAGAAUUCGAGGAGAAGGCUGUGAGGAAAGUGGACGACCUCCUGGAGAGCUACAUGGGCAUCAGAGACACGGAGCUCGCGGCCACCAUGGUGGAGGUCGGUCGCGACAAGAAGAACCCCGACGAGUUCGCCAUGGCGCUGGACGAGGCGCUCGGAGACUUCGCCUUCCCCGACGAAUUCGUGUUCGACGUCUGGGGCGCCAUCGGGGACGCCAGGCAGGGACGGUUCUGAGGCCUGUGGCACCUCCUCCUUCAAGACCACCAUGCCCCCAGCGUGGGGGUCUACAGCCCCCCCCCCCUCCACCCACACCUGCAAGCACACAGGACAAACCUCACCGCAAAGCGCUAGAAAGGCAGGGUGUGCGUAUUCACUAUUUGGACCCUCUUCCAAGGAAUCACCGGGAUAGGGUCUGAGCCACCAGGCAUCGGUUGUGCCGGAGUUAUCUUAACGAAAUAAGAUAUUCACUAAAUGUAUGCUGGAGUGCAGCAACUCAGGGCACGGACGAAAUUUGUGGUAAAUGUCCAUGUUUUUGUUUGUAAAGCCCUCACUUCCUCCCCAAGUGUAGAGAAAAGGACUGCUCCGAUCGUGCUUUUGAGAGCACACCUACCCGUUAUGAACAAACCUAGUCAACGUCUUCUUCGUGCACUUGUUACGAUUGGUACAUAGUAUACACACUGCAGAUUUAUAUUGUCUAUGACCUGAUAUCAUAUUAUAGAUGCAGCCUUUAUCACUAUAUGAAUGAAAGAAAAUUCAGCUUUUUAUAAAAAAGUUUUGUAUCUCUUGAAAUGCUGCUAAGCUUUUAAAAGAUAACUUUGGUUUUAAUAUUUGUGUACAAAAUCGUCCAUGUACUCCCCCCUCCUGGCGAUACACACCGACAGUUGCCACCCUGAUUUGUUUAAACCAGGGUUGUGAUCAUGUCAUUAGUCGUGACCUUUUUAUUGUUUCUUCAGUGACAAUCUUUCUGAAACCUAGCCGUCCAUUUCUCCCUUUGUGUACAGUUAGCAUCUUGUUUCAUGGUAUACUAGAUGUAAUGUUUCUGUAAUUUAAAGUUUUAACUGUGGCAAUUAAAUGCUGGAAAAUA